AUGCGAGAAGAGGAGUUAGAGACCGCUAUUAAGGUGGUUAUCGUAGGAAAUGGCGGAGUGGGCAAGAGUUCAAUGAUACAGCGAUAUUGCAAAGGAAUUUACACGAAAGACUACAAGAAGACAAUCGGCGUGGACUUUUUGGAGAGACAAAUUGAAAUCGAAGGAGAAGACAUGCGAAUAAUGGUGUGGGACACUGCCGGUCAAGAAGAAUUUGAUGCAAUCACCAAAGCUUAUUAUCGAGGUGCCCAAGCAUGUGUUUUGACAUUUAGCACAACGGAUCGUGCCUCAUUCGAAGCCAUUCCAGACUGGAAGCGCAAGGUGGAGGAUGAGUGUGGGGAGAUUCCAACGGUGUUAGUUCAGAAUAAAAUUGAUUUGAUGGAACACGCGGUAGUGGCAUUCGAGGAAGUCGAAGAACUUUCUGCCAGAUUAAAGUGUCGUCUGAUCCGGACUUCCGUAAAGGAAGAUGUAAAUGUGUCAUUAGUCUUCAGGUAUUUAGCUACAAAAUGUUAUCAAUUAAUUAACAGUGAAUAUACAGUUUUGCCAAGUACUCAACCAACAAUAAGUCAUCUUAAUCCAACAUUUCAAAGUAAGGGCACAAUUGUGUUGCGACCAACAAAGAAACUGGCAAGGAAGAGAUUAGCCUUCAAAAAAUGUGGCAUAGUGUGAUAUUUUGUUAAAAUUGUUGUUUUGAAUCUAUUCGCAAACGUACU